ACUGUCUCUCCCACAGGAAACAUCCCUCAACUUUGUCCAACACAUUUAAAAUCUAUGAUCUAUCACGACAAUAACAAUAAUAAUAUUUCAUUUCAUACACACACCACAAGUCACUUUCACUGCUUCAUUCUUGCCUUCCCCAUUCUUUCUCAAACACUUCUUCACUGUGACUUGCAUCAAUAGUUAAGCUCCGUCACUGAUGGCUCCACCUGCUACAUCCUAUCCUCUACAUGGUCUCAAACUUCCAAUCACUGUGCUUUUCAUCUUUUUCCUCUCCCUCCUACCUUCCAAAUCUGGUGGAUCAUCACCGAUGUGGGACACAAGGGAGCGUUUGGAGCAAAGUAGUAAAAUAGUGAUAGGGUCAAAGCCUCCUGCAUGUGUGAACAAGUGCAAGAAUUGUAGGCCUUGCAUGGCUACUCUGGUCGUUCCGAAUCACCAAAAGAGGAACAAGGGUUUCAAAGUGGCAUCUCGUGGGGACGACGAUACUUAUUACCUCCUUUCAUGGAAAUGCAAAUGUGGUGAUAAGCUCUUUCAACCAUGAUUCAUUUCAACAUCUACUGACUAGUACUAUAUAUCAAAUAAGUUACCAUUAAUUUAUGUAUAUGUACAAAAAAGAGACCAGAAAAUCCAACUUUAGUUGUUGGAGCCUCCGUUUGGCAAUUAAUCUGUCUUCAAUCUUCAUGUUCAAAAUUAGUGGAGGUGCUAAGUUUAACAGUCUUGUAUUCAUCUCUAUAUAUCCUUCGAGAUGUAAUCCAAUUAAUUAUAUAUUAUUAAUCAGUGUUGGGAGUUCAUUGUUUCAAUUA